AAAUAAUCCAGACUACUUCUACAUAGAUAGACAUCAUUUUGGGCAUCAAAGAGGGUUCUAUUAAUUAAAGCCUGCCGAGCGCUUUAGCCAGAACUAAUCCAGAGAUCCUAGCGAGAAAUUUUCGAUAUGGGAUUAACCAAGAUCAAACAUCCUAGUCAUAGCCAACAUUAUCUUUUGCUGAAGUAUCCACAAGAGCCUUAUCAGUGUAACGGGUGCAUAGGGCUAGGGUUUGGCCCAUGCUACGAAUGCGAGCACGAAGACUGCAGUUUCUAUCUCCACGAGGAAUGUGCAAAUGCUGCCCCAUCCACCUCCCAUCCAUUUUCUAAGUGCAGCUUGAAAUUUCACGACAAGGCUCCUCAAGAGGGUGAAAGAUACUGUGAUGCUUGCGGAGAAGAUGUGUCAGGGUUCGUGUACCAGUGCAAACACAAAAAUCCACACGAUUUCCAUCCUCGCUGUUUAAAGCUCCCGCGUACCUUGACAACUGAAGAUGGGUUGAUGCUACAGUUGAGGAAAAAAUUGCCAUCGAAAUGCUUAUACUGUGGAAGCAGGGAAACCGCGAACAGAAUCCAAGGCUGGUGCUAUGUUUCUUCCUCUGAUCAAUACUGUUACCAUAUAGCUUGUGUGAAAAACAUGAUUCUGGAGAAGUGGAGAAAGGGUUAUUUCAUUCAAGAUGGCAACGUGAAGGCGAGUUACCUAGCUCUUCAAACUUUCAACCCAAGUAGAGAAAUAGUACUCCCAAGUGGGAAAAGCUCAAGCAAGGCCAAACAAAUAUGGAGCACGGCAAAAACAGUUAUUAUGCUUAUUAUUUCUGCUUUGUUCGGAGAACCGACGACUCUCAUUUCAGUGCUUGUUCAACAUUUACUCUCCAGUUAAAGGGGAACGCAGACCACAUCGAUGAUUUUGUUUUUGUGCGUAGAAUCUUGUAAUUAAUGUUUGUUUGAGUGCAACUAUAUGACUUUUCGUUUUGUUCAUAUUGUUCCCAAA